UUAAAACAAGGCUUGUUUUUGGAGUUCCACCUCCCCUCCUCUCUCCCCGUAGGAUUUGAUUCAAAGGCGAAAACCAAGAUGGCCGCCGAUUCCGUGCAGGGGGAUGCCAGGGGCCAGAUGGUGGCAGAGCGACUGGGUCUGGGACACAACCUGGACCUUUCCGACACCAUGGUGCAACAGAAGCUGGACGAGAUCAAGGAGCAGAUCCGCCGUGAGAUCCGCAAGGAGCUGAAAAUCAAAGAAGGUGCAGAGAAUCUGCGCAAGGUCACCACAGACAAGAAGAGCCUGGCUUAUGUCGACAACAUGCUGAAAAAAUCUAAUAAGAAGGUUGAGGAGCUUCACCAGGAGCUGCAAGAGCUCAACGCCCACAUUGUGGUCAAAGACCCUGAAGAACUGCUAGAAUGCCCUCUGACCCCAGAUACCCCUAACAGCGAGGCCAGAAUGUGCACGAGCAGCAGCCGCCUCGCUGCCCUGAAAAGACAGAAUGACAUCGAGCUCAAGGUCAAACAAGGCGCCGAGAACAUGAUUCAGAUGUACUCCAACGGGUCCUCCAAGGAUCGUAAGUUGCUAGCGACAGCCCAGCAGAUGCUUCAGGACAGCAAGACGAAGAUUGAGUUCAUCAGGAUGCAGAUCCUCAAAGCCAGCCAGACCAGCGAGCUGAGCUUCGAGAACAAUGAUGUGAUGGAAAAACCCAUCAUCAGCCCGUUAGACCUGCGGGUGGAGGAGCUGUGUCACCAUGCCAGGAUAGAGUCCGCUGUGGCCGAGGGAGCCAAGAAUGUCAUGAAACUCCUGGGCUCAGGAAAAGUCACGGAAAAAAGGGCACAUUCAGAGGCCCAAGCUCGUUUUAAUGAGUCCAGUCAAAAACUCGACCUCCUGCGAUAUUCCUUGGAGCAGCGCCUCAGUGAGUUACCUAAAAACCACCCGCGCAGCAGCAGCAUCAUAGAAGAGUUGUCCCUGUUGUCCUCGCCGGUCCUCAGUCCCAGAUCAAGCAUCAUCUCCACACAGAACCAGUACAGCACUGUCACCAAGCCCGCUGCACUCACAGGCACCUUAGACGUCAGGCUCAUGGGCUGUCAGGACCUUCUGGAAAAUGUUCCAGGUCGUUCCAAAGCUGCAUCUGUCCCGCUGCCCGGCUGGAGCCCCAGCGAGACACGCUCAUCCUUCAUCAGCCGAGCAAACCGAAACCGCGGCGUGAGUUCGAGGAACCUGACGAAGAGCGAGGAGCUCUCCAAUGAGAUCAGCGCAGUGUUGAAGCUGGACAACACGGUAGUCGGCCAGACAAGCUGGAGGCCAGUCAGCAACCAGGCGUGGGACCAGAAGUUUACAUUGGAGCUGGACCGGUCUCGUGAGCUUGAGAUCUCGGUGUACUGGCGUGACUGGCGUUCGCUCUGUGCUGUCAAGUUCCUGCGGCUGGAGGACUUCCUGGACAACCAGCGUCAUGGGAUGUGUCUCUACCUCGAGCCACAGGGCAUGCUGUUUGCUGAGGUAACAUUUUUCAACCCUGUCAUUGAGAGACGACCAAAGUUGCAAAGACAAAAGAAGAUUUUCUCAAAGCAGCAAGGAAAAACCUUCCUGCGAGCCCCUCAGAUGAACAUCAACAUCGCCACCUGGGGCCGCCUGGUGAGAAGAGCCAUACCGACUGUCAGCACCAACUCCUUCAGCCCGCAGGCUGCUGAGACCGGACCCAGCAGUCUGCCCGGGUCACCCACACCCAGCAGUGACCCACUGGUGACCAAACUGGACUUUGACAAAGAGCCCACCCCAGGACCCAAACACUACCCAGCUCCCGAUAACAUCCGAGAACCACUGGUGCAGGACAAGAUGCCCGACAAGGAGGAAGUACAGGACGCACUCGCCUCAUUUGACUUCCUGAACAAGAGAAACAGCAUGGCGGUGAAGCCGGACCUGGACGGAGUGGCGGAGCAGGAGAUCCAGCAUCCAGACCUGGAGCUCACCGCCAUCCAGAAAGACACAGAGAUAAGGGAAGAAGAGCAGUUCCACUUCAGUCUCCAGGACUUUAAAUGUGUAGCAGUCCUCGGACGUGGUCACUUUGGAAAGGUGUUGUUAGCUGAAUAUAAAAGCACAGGCGAGAUGUUCGCCAUCAAAGCUCUGAAGAAAGGCGACAUUGUGGCUCGUGAUGAGGUGGACAGUCUGAUGUGUGAGAAGAGGAUUUUUGAAACAGUCAACAGCGUCCGCCACCCGUUCCUGGUCAACCUGUUUGCGUGUUUCCAGACGCAGGAGCACGUUUGUUUUGUCAUGGAGUACGCAGCGGGAGGCGACCUGAUGAUGCACAUCCACGCUGAUGUUUUCUCUGAGCCCAGGGCCGUAUUUUAUGCAGCCUGCGUUGUGCUGGGAUUACAAUUCCUACAUGACCAUAAAAUUGUGUACAGAGAUUUGAAGCUGGAUAACCUGCUCCUGGAUACAGAGGGCUAUGUAAAGAUUGCUGACUUUGGACUUUGCAAAGAAGGAAUGGGGUUCAGGGACCGCACCAGCACAUUUUGUGGCACGCCAGAGUUUUUAGCUCCUGAGGUUUUGACUGAGACGUCGUACACCCGCGCUGUGGAUUGGUGGGGACUGGGCGUCCUUAUCUUUGAGAUGCUGGUUGGAGAGUCGCCCUUCCCCGGUGACGAUGAGGAGGAAGUGUUUGACAGCAUUGUCAACGAUGAAGUCCGCUACCCACGAUUCCUCUCCACCGAGGCCAUCUCCAUCAUGAGGAGGCUUUUGAGGAGGAGUCCAGAACGGCGUCUGGGAGCAGGAGAAAGGGACGCAGAGGAGGUUAAGAAACAUCUGUUCUUCAGGCACAUGGAUUGGAACGGACUGCUGGCUAAGAAGGUGAAGCCGCCGUUCGUGCCAACGAUUCAGGGCGCCAACGACGUCAGCAACUUCGAUGAUGAAUUUACCUCAGAGGCUCCGAUCUUAACCCCGCCCAGGGAACCCCGAGUGCUGUGCUCUGAGGAGCAGAACAUGUUCUCUGACUUUGAUUACAUCGCUGACUGGUGUUAGCUUGACAUGACUCCCCUCAACACACACACACAGACGCAGACACACACACAGACGCAGACACACACACACACACACACACACACACACACACACUGUGAACCAACCAACACAGCAGUGACUGUAGCUCACAUCUUUUAAAACUCUUCCUCCCUGCCCAAAAUGUUGAGGAGCAGCGGACGCGGCUCCCUGAGCCUUCGGGCAAAAACUCUGUGCCAUUGAGAAGAAAGUUCAGACGCCUCCUGAGUACCCCCACUUAUUUUUUAAUCCACAUGAAGAACAUUUUUUUUUAAAGAGAAAAAGAACAAAAGAAACUCUGUUGGAGAGUGAAGGAGGAGGGAUGCUUUGUCCUCUCGCACACGUUGUCGUCGUGUCCAUUGUCUGACCACUGAGAAUGUUUUUCAUAUGAACUCCAAGAAGACGGCAACAGAUCGCAAUCAUGUUAUUCAGUGUCACUGUCUUCAGUUUUUUUGAUCUGUACAGAUUAUAUUCAGUCGUAUAUUUUAUUGUUGUGUUUUCUUUAUUUGCAAAGCCCUCGCCACAGCUUAAGGACAUUUAUCUCACUGUAAAGUUUGACAGUUCUGUCACGACCAUGUCUGAGACUGGUGUUCGGUGAAUUUAAAGUGCUCAAAGCAUCAUCACUGAAUGGUCAACUGCAACAAACAUCUUGACUACUACUGCUGCUUCUUGACUUGAAAACCAAGUAAGAGUCUUCACACUACAUUUCCUUGUGUGUUGGGGCCCAAUCCUUGUCCACACCCCGGGUUUAACACCCAUGUUUUCCCUCACUUUGCUCACUUGAAGUUUGCAUGUGUGCAUACAACAUGAUAAUAAUACUCUAACUUAAAACGGCAGUCCAUCCUGAACCACGUUCUACAUAAGCUGUUAUAUGAAUUACCAUCUUUCAGUUUUAAUUUGAAGUUUCAUAUUGAAGAUGAUGAUUACAAAUGCCUUUUGGCCAGAACAAAUAAUGCAAAAUAUUAUUUUUUCAUUUCUGAUGCCCUCUAGUGGCGCUGUAGGUUGAGGUUGAUAUUCAGCUGAACUCAGUCCUAAAGAUUUAAGAGCCACAUGAUGUUGCAGUAUCACUUUUGUCAGAGCCGAGCUCAGUUGGAUUUCAGUUCCUGUGGUGGAGCUGAUGUUUUUCUUGUUACCUCAGUAAAAGUGAAAACACUUGAGACCAAAUUCAUUGUGUCCCUCUUGAAGCAGCAAAGAAACUCUCGUGGUUAGAAGAACAUCCGGUUGAUGGACUGAUAGUGAACCCAAUGACAGAUGAACUAAAGAUGUGUUGCGCAAAAAUCUACAAGACAAGUGCUGAGCUUUUUUUUUUUUUGGGGGGGGGGGGGGCACACAUUAAACUCAGUUAUUUUAGGUGUCUGUCAAAAUGCCAUUGAAAUGUUUCCCACACUGUUUUGUGAUUAGAUUUUUCAAGCUGAAACAGUGGCCCCAGCAGAUGACUGUCAGUUUGCAUGUUAAAUAUAAAUUGACUCGGAUGUUGCAGACCUGUUGAUGAGUCACUACAGGGGCGGGCAGGGUAUAUUAUAUAUACAUACUGUAUGUACACAAUUAAGCUGAAAGCACUAAUUUUAUCAAUAGUUUUAAUUAUCUACGUUUCUUAAUGAUGAAAAUAGAUUGUACAAAGUUUUUUUUUUUUUUUUUUUUAUUCCUUGCUUGUGCAUGUUGUCGCCAGAACAGAUGAAAACUUAAUGGAUGGUACACCAAUACUCAAGUCUCACAAUGUUGCUGUUCACCCCGGUGUAAAAAAACAAACCGAAGAGGCAUUUCUGCAGUCAUUGUUUGUUGCCCAUCAUGAAUGCACAAAUUAAACAUUUGUAAUAGUG